AUGCAGAACAAUGGUUUAUUGCCACCGAACGUCUCCUCAACCGUGAACGGUCACCAGGUUGAUCGCUCUCGCCAUGGCUUGGCCGUCAUUCCGUAUUUGAAGGGCAAAGCCCUCAGUGCCUACAAUAAUUUGCCCACUACGUCCCAGACGUUCACCGACAUCAAAGCAGCUGUUCUGGCUCGUUUUCGUCUUGACGCAGAAGAGUACCGUCAGAGGUUUCGCUCCACUGCUGUGUCCCCCUCCUGCGGCAACUACACGGAGGUAUGUCACCGUCUGUUCGAUUUGUUCGACAAGUGGAUGUCGCACUCCGUAUCGAGUGGCUCUCAGCCCACCCUGCAGACGGUCGCGGAUGAGAUGGUCAGGGAGCAAUUGGUCGCCGUUCUGCCCCCAGACACCCAGCGACAUGUCAGGGAGCAGCCUAAGCUAGACGCUCACCAGACAGCAAAGCUGGCCGACUCUUUCGUCCGAGCGCGUACGGGUACCCAGGCAGGAGAAAAAGAGUUUCUGGCUCUGUCACAGGUGUCGGCUGGCCAACACGUGGCGGGACGACGGUCAGGGGAUCGACCACCUCAGUUUGCCAGUCGCGGCGCAGGCACCAAGGAGUGUGGAUUUUGUGGCGGCACACCUCACGCGCGGAGCACCUGCCCUGCCAAGGACAAAGAGUGCCGUCAAUGCGGAAAACGUGGCCACUACGAGCGAGUGUGCCGGUCUCGCCGUAACCAGCAGUCCGUGUCUGCAACCGAGGUGUCCGACACUUACACAGAUGACGGAGCGCUUCUCAACACAGAAGCUCUGUUCGUGGGCGACGUCAAGUCCAGCCAACAGUCGUGGAGAGUUGGAGUGCUGCUACAGGGCACCUGCGUCGACUUCAAGAUUGAUACGGGUGCAGAUGUCUCCGUUAUCUCAGACGCCCUGUACCACCAGCUCCAGAAUCCUCCAGUGCUCAAGCCGUGCACCAAACGGCUGAUCAGCGCCGCCAACACACCGCUCCACACCGUUGGCCUGUUCACAGCGUCUGUGACAUACCCGGCAUCCGGUGCCAGCACCGUUAUCACUGUGUGCGUCGUACAAGGGCUCCGUCACGCAUUGCUUAGCUGCAGCGACUCACUUUCUCUGGGUCUUAUCAAGCCCCUCUUCUCUAAUGACGGCGUUCCUCCAGACGUAAAGCUGUCUUCCGACGUGCCAAAAGACAGGCCAAACUCCAUGCAGAGCGCGGCAGUUAUCCCUCCCGGCUCUGAACCUGUUCCAGUAGCACCCUCUGCAGCUGACCGGAUUCCAGAAGCCGUGCUCGCCGACUUUCCGUCCCUGUUUUCCGGCUUAGGCAGCCUCAAGGAGCCCUACUCGAUUCCUCUCACCGACGGUGUCAAACCGUUCUGCCUCUACACAGCCCGCAACGUGGCGCUGCCAAUCCGCCCACAGGUAGAAGCUGAGCUGCAGCGCAUGGAGAGCUUGGGCGUCAUCCGGCGUGUCCUCGAGCCAACAGACUGGUGCGCCGCAAUGGUCGCCGUACCGAAGGCUACAGGUGCGGUCCGCAUAUGCGGAGACCUGAAACCGCUCAACGAUGCCGUACGUCGUUCGCAUCACCAGCUCCCUACAGUCGACGAGACACUCGGUCAGAUCGGCGACUCCACAGUCUUCACCAAGCUCGACGCUAACAGUGGAUUCUGGCAAAUACCACUCGACGAGGCGUCCCAGCUUCUGACUACCUUCAUCACACCUCAGGGUCGAUUUUGUUAUACUAAGCUUCCAUUCGGCAUAUCGUCAGCACCGGAAAUAUUUCAGCAGCGGAUGUCCGCCAUCCUACAGGGUUUGGAGGGCGUCGUUUGUCAAAUGGACGACAUCCUGGUACACGGUCGCACUCAGGAGGAACACGAUCACCGCUUACGUGCCGUUCUCACGCGCCUCGUCCUAGCGGGUCUCACGCUGAACCCCGCUAAAUGCCAAUUCUCAGCCUCGGAUCUCACGUUUCUCGGGGUGCACCUCACUCCCGACGGCAUCAGACCUGAUGACGGCAAGACCGAAGCUAUCCGGGUCUUCAGAACUCCGCAGUCGGCCUCAGACGUGCGUCGUUUCCCGGGUCUCGCUAAUCAGCUGGGGAAAUUUUCACCGCAUCUUGCCUCUAUCAGCCAACCGCUCAGAGAGCUCCUGUCAAAAGGCAAAGCUUGGACCUGGGACCACGCCCAACAGACGGCUUUUGAGGCCACCAAGGAGGAGCUUUGCAAGCCCACCUGUCUGCAGCUGUACGACCCCAACUACAGUACCAAGCUAUCCGCAGACGCAUCGUCAUAUGGCCUCGGCGCUCUGCUCUACCAGCGGUCCUCGCCCGAGACAACGUGGCGGCCCGUAGCCUGUGCCUCCCGCUCUCUCACUCCAGCGGAGCGCAACUACGCUCAAAUCGAAAAGGAAGCACUGGCAAUCACCUGGGCCACGAGUCGCUUCGAGAUGUACCUGCUCGGUAUGCACACCUUCCUGAUAGAGACCGAUCACAAGCCCCUGGUACCUCUGCUGAGCACCAAGCGACUGCAUGAGCUGCCUGCCCGAGUGCUCCGUUUUCGCCUUCGUCUGGCUCGCUACAGCUACACCAUCACCCAUGUGCCUGGCUCUCAUCUGACCAGCGCUGAUGCGUUCUCCAGAGCUCCAGCCGACAGCGCAGCUUCAUGUGACGACCUCUCAUUGGAAGCCGACUGCAGCCUGUUCGCCGCUUUCGCCGUGUCUAGUGUCUCAGCGGUCACCGGCCCCACACGCGCUGUGCUGCAAGCACAGAAGGCCGACACAACAUGCCAGGACAUAACACGUCUCAUCCGUAAUGGCUGGCCCUCGAGCAUACAGGAUCUCCCUGCACCUCUCCGCAGCUACUGGCCGGUCCGAGCCGAUCUCGUAAUCAACGACGAGCUCAACAUGAUGCAAUCCAGAGUUCUCAUUCCCAGCUCCCUCGAGCAGGACACCCUCGACAAUCUUCACACAGGACAUCAGGGUGUGUCGCGUACGACGAAGCUGGCACAGACCACGGUCUGGUUUCCGGGCAUUUCCAAUAGGAUCAAGGCCCUGAUCGAGGCUUGCCCCACAUGCCGUGAGUUCCGUCGACCACACGUCGAGCCAAUGAUCUCAUCAACGACACCACCCCGACCAUGGCACACCGUCGGAAUCGAUCUUUUCCAGUAUGCCACUCACCAGUUCAUCGUGGUCGUAGACUACUACUCUCGGUAUCCCGAGGUCCUACGGCUGACAUCCACGACAUCCGCCCGCGUUAUCGAGCACCUCACCUCUGUCUUUGCUCGUCACGGAGUUCCCGCCAUUAUCCGUUCCGACAAUGGGCCACGGUUUUCUUCAGCGGAAUUCCACGCAUUCUCUCAGCGCUUGGGUUUCGAGCACCAAACCAGCAGCCCUCACUAUCCCCAAUCAAACGGUGAAAUCGAGCGAGCAGUCCGCACUGUCAAGUCUCUCCUGCAGAAAUGCUCAACAGCUGCUGACUUUCAGAUGGCCUUGCUGGCUUAUCGCAGUACCUCACUGGGCUUCACUAAACACAGUCCAGCGGAGCUCCUCAUGGGUCGGCGUCUCGCUACUGCCGUUCCCACCGCAGCCGAGCUCCUUCAACCGUCCACCGUGACCCCAGAGUCGUUUUCUGCUGCUGAUUCGUCGCAGAAGGAGAAGUCCGUUCGGCAGUACAACCUGCGUCACCGCUCAGUUAUUCAACCAGCCCUUCACCCAGGCGACGAGGUGAUCGAUAUCUCUACGCCUAGUCAUCGCGUCCGUGGAUCAGUCGUCUGCACUGCUUCCGAACCGCGGUCGUAUCACAUCCGGGUACCGUCCGGUAUUGUUCGCCGCACACGCCAACACUUGAUUGCUGUUUAG